AUGGAAUGGACAAGCUAACCACAACCAAGAUUGUCAAAGUAGAGGGGGGAUCUGGAGGCUCUGGAAAAGAAAUCCAGAAACAUACAGAAACUGUUACUACCACAAGACUGACAUCUCUACCACCAAAGGGCAACAGUAGCUCAGUGAGCAGCCAACAGGCGCUGACCUCUAUUGUGAACAGCUACAGCUCUAGCUCAGGGGGAGCUGCUCUGGUGGAGAAGAUCAUCUCUCAGAGCAGUACUGAAGGAGGCAGUUCCAGAAGUUAUGUCAUAUCCUCCUCCUCGUCUGGAAGUUCAGUCGGCAGCAGUUCAGGAGCAGGCUCUGUGAUUGGUGGAUUUGAAGGUGGCUCUUUGUCUUCAACAUCAGGAGCCUCUCGUGAGAUCAGUGUAACCGCUGGACCGAUUGGUAGCUCUAUGGUUAAAAGCUCUAGCUCUGCAAUUAAAAGCUCCAGCAGCGUCUCUACCUCCGUAAAAACAGUUGGCGGUUCCUCAGCAGCAGUUGGAGAUUUUUCAGCUGGGUUCGGGUCCAUCUCUUCCUCUGAGUUUUUGUCCAGUUUAGCAGGUGACCCUGUUCGUGAUUCUGGAGGUAGUAUGAACAUAUCCAGAGGUGGAGGAGGUGGCGCUAGCUCCUCUGCAGGCAUGUCUGGCAGAGGAGUUUCCAGCUCAGUGACUGUGACCAAGUUCAGCUCCUCUUCUCCAACUGGAACACGCAAAACCAUGAGUUAUAGCACCGUUCCAACAGAGAGGAAGAACAGCUUGACCCUUCACACUGGAGGAUAUGAGGGGAGCUCCAGUGGCAAUUCUUCCCCUGAGUACACAAAGAAAGAGUACGCCGUGACAAGUGCCGCCACAAGAGGUCGCACUCAGACACGAGAGAGUGAGAUCAGAGCCAGAUUGCAGAGUGCCUCUCCCUCCACUAGAUGGACAGAGCUGGAUGAUGUGAAGAGAUUAUUGAAGGGAAGUCGCUCUGGGAGCAUCAGUCCGCCUCUCCCCACCAGCACUCUACCCAUUCCGAAAAAAGCCAGCGUGGACACACGCCAUGAGAGACAGUCAGGUUAUGAUGCCUCAGCUGUGGAUGCUGGAUUCAGUGGAUACUACACCAACCCCAAUAAUCUCAGUUAUUCCACCUUGCAACAACCCUUAUCACCCACAGGUUUGCAGAAUAACCUGUCGCUCAGCUCGUCUGGAAUAAGCAGUGCAGUGUAUGGGAUGCAGAAUAACCUGUCAACUUCUGGAGGUGCUCUUAUAGCUAAUGGAGUGAGUGCUGGUCAAGUGUAUGGCGUACAGAAGAAUGUUGGGAGCACUGGACUGGCCACUGCUGUUACUGCUGUUCCGGGCAGCCCUAUCACAUCUGACGAUGUGUUUGUGAAAGAUGGCAAGUUUAUUGCGAUUGGGAAAGAAAAUGUUGCAGCUAAGAAAGAGACUGAGCGACUGAUUAUGUCCAAAAAUACCGGCAAACUGUUUACCACUUCAACCACAAGUGCUGGAGCAGAUACAUUUUGUGAGGAUUCACUCAAGAGGGAGAAGAAGAUGAUCUCGAGCACCAUGGAAACAACCACUUCUGCCUCGAAAACAUCAACAAAAGACAAGGCCACCUAUGCAGAGAUCCAUAAAGAAGAGUCUGGCAGUGCAGGUCUGGGAUUCUGUUCCUGCUGCUCAUGGUGGAAGUGGCUUCUGGCUUUGGUCAUUGGUCUUCUUCUUCUUCUGGGUCUCCUUUGUGGUCUCAUCGCACUGGCUGAGGAGGUCAGAAAACUGAAAGCUCGUGUGGAUGCUCUUGAUGGUGGAGCGAGUGCAGCCUCCGCUCGCACUAGCCGUUUAUCCUCCUCUUCUGGCAUCAACAUCAUGGAUCCACUGGAAUCUUCAUACGUCCCCGGUGUCCGCUCUGAUAACACUAUAAACAUGGGAUCGGCAUCUGCUCCACAAGACCCUGUGGUUCUACAGAGGACCAUCCAACAGAUCCUCAGAUCUGAAUUGCAGUCGGACACUGUUAGAGCUUCGCUGGUAACCUCAAUUAAAGGCGAGAGGGGAGAACCUGGGCCUAAAGGUGACCAAGGAUCUCCUGGAGUUAAAGGUGAAUCCGGAUUUCCUGGCACUCCAGGUCCUCCUGGUCUCAUUGGUCACCCUGGACAGGAAGGUCCACGAGGACCCAAAGGAAGUGCAGGUGAACCAGGAACGGAUGGUUUAUCUGGACCAAGAGGUCGAGAGGGGCCAGCAGGACCCAGGGGAGAACCAGGACCUCCAGGAAUCGGAGAUAAAGGAGAAAAAGGCUCAUCUGGAGAUGUUGGUGUACCUGGGCCAGCAGGACCAUCUGGCCCCAUGGGACCCAAAGGUGAUGCGGGCACACAAGGCAUGCCAGGUCUUCAAGGAGCUCCUGGACCACAAGGCUUCCGUGGAGAUGCUGGUGACCCUGGAGUCAAGGGUGAGAAAGGACCUGCUGGGCCAUCUGGUGUCAAAGGUGAUCAAGGAGAGAGAGGGCCACGUGGUACCACUGGUGAGCCAGGUCUGGUUGGACCAGCAGGCCCUCCUGGUGAGAAAGGUCCUAAAGGAUCAGCAGGUGUGCCGGGACCAGAUGGUGUUAAAGGAAAUCGAGGGGAUCAAGGUCCAGUUGGGUUGCCUGGUGCUCGGGGGUCACAGGGACCUCCUGGAGAUGCGGGAAUCCCAGGUACAUCAGGACUCCAAGGACCACCAGGUUUGCCAGGUAUCCCAGGCCAGCCAGGUCCUAAAGGUGAGACAGGUGAGCCUGGACGAGUUAUUUCUGUAGCUGGAUCCAGUGCUAACACUGUGGGCGUACCAGGACCUCCUGGACCUCCUGGAGCUCCAGGUUCUGCUGGAGCACCUGGGCUAUCAGGUCCCAUUGGCCCUGCUGGGCUUCCUGGUCAACAUGGUCCAAAGGGAGAUCGGGGAGAGAAAGGAGAAGAUGGCAAGCCUGGCACCUCAGAGACUGCAUGGAAGAAACCUGGUGAACCUGGUCCUCCUGGCCCACCAGGCCCGCCAGGACCAGCCGGACCCCCUGGUGAGAAUGGUAAACCAGGUGUUGGUGAGCCUGGUCCACCUGGUGAAAAAGGUGAACCAGGAAGCUUUGUACCCACCUCAGAAACCUUCUUUGCUGGACCACCCGGGCCUCCUGGACCUGUUGGACCAAAGGGAUCACGAGGUGAUAUUGGUCCUCAAGGAUUCCCUGGUCAGCCAGGGUUACCUGGAGAACCUGGGAUCGGUAUUCCAGGACAACCAGGGUCACUUGGACCUCGUGGAGAACAAGGACUUGAGGGUCUAUCAGGACCACAGGGACCUCAAGGACUAAUGGGUCCCAUGGGACCAGAGGGUCCAAAAGGAGAUGCUGGUGUCCCAGGUGCCCCCGGAAUUCCAGGAUAUUCCUAUGGUGGAGGAUCGAGUAGCGCUCCGGGACCACCAGGUCCACCUGGAACUCCAGGGGCUCCUGGGCCUCCAGGUGCUCCUGGUGGCGGCUCACCAGAUGCUAUUCAACAGAUUUCAGACUACCUCAGAAAUGAUGGCAUCAGAGAAUACCUGACUGGUCCACCAGGCCCACCUGGACCACCAGGACCACCUGGAUCAACCUCUGAUGAUGCUCUGGCUAACCGUGUCAUCGACUACCUUCAAAGAGACGAGGUGAGACAGUAUCUGAUUGGCCCUCCAGGACCCCCAGGACCUCCAGGUGUCCCAAGUAUCCAAGGUGGAUAUGGCUUUAACACUCAGGAAGUCGCCGGACGAGUGCUCAGGCUGAUGAAUGAUGCUGGUAUCAGAGGUCUUCCAGGACCUCCUGGUCCUCCAGGGCCCCAAGGACCUCCAGGAUCCUCUGGAGGACUAGUGUCUUAUGCUGCUAAUGACCACCAACAGCAGAUCCGCGCACAGCAUCAAGAGUAUCUCAAGAGUGAUCCUGAUCAGCGUUUGGAUUAUCCAGCCAUUGCUAAGCAAGUCUCAGAUUACAUUAGGAUUCAUGGUUUGCUUGGUGACAUGGUUGAUCAAGAUGGUGUGAAAAGGAUUCCAGGUCCAUGUGGUCUUCCAGGGAUUCCGGGGAUUCCAGGGCCCCCUGGACCUCCAGGAGUCAGCCCAGAAUUCCCUUAUGCCAACAUGACUGAGAUUGCGAACUUCAUAAGAGAACAUCAUAUGACUGGACAACCAGGUUAUCCAGGACAGAAAGGGGAGAUGGGAUAUCCUGGAAACAAAGGAGAGAAAGGUGAGAGAGGUAUCCAAGGUUUUCCUGGUGUUCCAGGUCUCCCAGGUAGAGAUGGACUAAGAGGAGAAAAAGGGGGAAAGGGUGAGACUUCAUAUGUAACUCGAAGAAGAAGGAGGAGCUCAGGAAUCUAGACCAAUGGCAGAAGGGCAGCAUUAUAAUAAUACAUAUAAAUAAUUAUAAAAAAAUUAAAACCUUUAAAAAUAUUUUCUUUUUCUUUUUAGCAACUUCUUACCUGAUGAGCUACUACUGCUUUAUUUUUUUUUUAAUCAAAAAGAUAUGGACUGUAUAUAUUUCAAGGUAUCCUUGUUACCAAAUACAGUAUAUUAAAGGUGCACUCAGUCAUUUUUUUCCUCAUUAAAAAAGUUUAACUCCUAAAGGGAUGAACUUUAAUUUUGCAAUACGUGUUCAUGUAUUAAUUCAAGUAAUCAACAUAGCAACAUUUCUACAAUGGCAUCUGAAAUGUAAAAUGAUUGAUUUUAAAUGAAGCUGCAUCCACACCGCUAGGUGUCAGUGUCAGUACAAGAAGACACAAAGACAAAAGAUUCUGAGUGCAUCAUUAACAUGGAAUCAACAAGCAUUAUGUUUAAGUUCACCUUUAUGGUCACAUUUUUAUUAUUUCUAUGCAAGUCUUUAAAUCACUUGAUCUCUUCAUUACAAAAAGAUAACGGUGGGACUCUUGCAUGAUUGCACAAUCGAAUUUAGCAUAGACAAAGGUGGAGGUUUUUAAUUUUGCUUCAUGAAAUGGAUGUUUGUUUAAAUGUUUGCAUUAUAAUACACGUGCUUUAUUGUUCGGUGAUAGGACUUGUACUACAAAGUCCAAUAGCAUCAUCGUGGGACCAUUUGCAAAAU